AUGUAAGAUGAUGUUCAAUAAUCAUAAAUGGAAAAUAAAUGUUAAAGUUUAGUAUAAGAAAUGACCAUAAGUUAAGAAUUUGAAAUGCCAAUCAAUAAAACUAAGAGAUUUGUAUUGAUACCACCAAUUUCCUAAAUUAGAUUUGAAGAUGAAAAAAAUAGACUACAAUAUUAUUGUCAUGCUAAAGAUGGGAAUGAAUUUGAUAUUUAAAUAGAAUUUGAAAAUAAAGCUGAUAAUGCAAGUAUUUUUGUUAGCUGUAAACCUGUUAACCAAUAAUUAGAUCACUCGUAUAAUUUAAUAAUAGUUUCUCUAGAAAAAUUUAUAAAUUAUCAAGUUCAAUUUAAAGCAAAAAAACAAAAAAAUAAAAAGACAUAAAAAUUGAAUAAAAGGAGAAUUCUUUAAAACUAUAAAUCACACAAAAGAUAAAAGAAUAAUAAUUCUGUUUAUAGAAUGAAAUUCUUAUAGAAUUAGCUCCAAAAUACAAUAGUAGAGAUGAAGUUGGAUAUACAGGAAUAAUCAAUAAUUCAGCAACCUGUUAUAUGAAUAGUGUAUUUUAAAUACUAUUUCAUUUGGGUAUAUUUGAGAAAUUGGUUUAUUCAAUUAAAUCUGAUUAAUAUAAUUAGUUUCCAUGCACAGUAACUUAUUAUUAAUAUUAUUAUUGUAUAGUUAUAAACCCUAUUCUAUAAUCUAAGACAUAGUUAAAUAGCCAUUUCUACAUAAGAAAUCAUAAAAUCAUUCAAAUGGGACAUAGAUCAAUAGGCUGUUUAAUAAGAUGUUUAAGAAUUCAUUAUGGAACUUCUAAAAGCUAUUUGUAUAAAAGUACCAGAAAUAGAGAAAGAUAUUAAUCAUUUAUUUUAAGGAGAAUUAGAGAAUCACAUAAAAAAUGAAAAAUUUGAUAAUUCAAAUUUAGAAUAAUUUAUGGAUAUAUCAUUAAAUAUUACAAAUUCAUUAAAUGAAUCACUUGAAUUAUUUAUUUAAUCUGAAUAAUUGGAUGCUUAUACACAUGAUGUAUAUGGUAAAUAAGAAGCAAUUAAAUUUCAUAAAUUUAAGAAAUUACCUCCUAUUCUACUUAUAAAUUUAAAGAGAUAUUAAUUUGAUGGAUAAGGAUUUACAAAAAUUCAUGAUUAUUUCUAAUAUGAUAAUGAAAUUAAUUUUAAAAACUAUUAAAUAAAUUAAGUAGAUGAAAUAUAUUAAUUAUAUGCUGUAUUAGUACAUAGAGGUGAAGCAAUUAAUCAUGGUCAUUAUUAUUGUUAUAUAAGACCAAUUCAAAAUUCUCAAGAAUGGUUUAAAUUUGAUGAUAAAAUUGUUACAAGAGCUACUAAAUAAGAAGUAUUUUAAAAUAACUUUGGUGGAUAAUAUAUAUAAGCUGAUUAUGAUGGAGAUUUAGAUGAAAUCAUAACAAAAAAAAAGAAUAAUCCUGAAACUGCUUAUAUGUUAGUUUACAUUAAAUUAAAUCAACCAGAUAUUCUAAUUAGUCCAAAUAUAUUUCCAGAAUGGAUUUUAAAAUAAGAAUAAUUAUAUAAUGAUUCAUAAUUUGAGUAAAGACAUUUUAUAUAAACAAAUAUAUUCACUAUUAAUCAUUUAAAUCAAAAUUAAUGUACUUAAAUGAAAACAGGAAUUAUAUUUCAUAAAUAAGCUUUAAAUUAAUCUAUUGAUUAAAAUAUUAUUGAAGAAUUUUUUGAUUAAUAUACUACACCUUUGAUAAUACCUAAAAUUAUUACAAUUUAAUAGAUUAUUGAUUAAUUAAGUGAAAAAAUUAAUGUAGAUAAAAAAUAUCUCCAUUUAUUAAUGUAUAGAAUAUCACAUUUAAAACCAAAUUUAGAAUCAAUUAUUUAAAUGUAACCAUAAAAGAAUCUUUCAUUUUAUUUGGCUAAUAAAAUAUAUUUAUUUGGAUUAAUGUUAAUAUCCACUAAUUUUGAAGAUUAAAUUAUAAUUAACAAUUAUUUUGGAGUAGAUAAAAUUAAAUUAGAUUUAGUUCCUUAAAAUGGAGGUAAAAAUUCUAAAGAAAAUAAAAUUAUUGUUGAUAACAAAAUUUUAGUAUUUAUUAAAACAUAUUCUAAUAAAAUAAUUGAAUUUGAUUAAAUAGUAUUACUUGAAAAAGGAUAAUAAAUUAUAGAUACUAUUAAUAAAGAAUAUACAAAUAAUAAUUAAAUUAAAAUUUAUUAUUAAAAUGACAAUUUAGAAUUUAGAUAAUAAAAUUCAAUAUUUAAAAAUACUGAAUAUAUUUAAGUUUAUUUAGAUUUCUAGAAUGAAAUGGAAACAGAUAUUGAAUAAAUUAAUAAUCUAAGAGAAGUUAUAAUUAAAGUAUUUAAUGAAUCCUAAUGCACUUCUUAGUUAUUUAAUAAAAAUGAUUCUACAUUUGCUUUAUUAGAUUUUCUUGCUUAAUUAGAAGAUUGUAAAUAAGAAAAUAUUUAAAUCAAAUAUAAAGACAAAAAAGGGAAUAUCUAAAUCUUAUAAUAAUAAAUGAAAAUAGAAGAAUUGAUAUAAUUUGAUAAUAACAUUAAUUAUAAAUAAACAAUUGUUCCAAUAGGAGCAUUAAAAGAAUAAAUGAGUUUUUAAGUUGAUAAUUAAACUUUUAUCAUUUUAAAGAGUAUGAAUUUUAUAGAAUUCAUGGAAUAAGAAUUACUCUGUCCCAUUACUUAUAUUCCUUUAUUGAUUUCAAAAAAGGAUAAAAAAUAAGCUUAAGUUUAAUUAGAUCUUACUUAAAAGAUAUCAAGAUAUACAUAUAAACAUGAUAUUAAAUUUAUAAAACCAAUAAUCCUUGGAAAUGAUAUUUAUUUAAUUUGCUUUUUAUAAAGUGUUGAUAUUGUAUUACUAUGUAAUCCAAUAGUUUGUUAAGUCUCUUAGAAUAAUACAAUAGGAGAAAUGGUAAAUAAGAUAAUAUAAGUUGUCAGUUAAAAACCUAUAUAAUAUAAAUCUUAAUCAAUAUAGAUAAGAGAAGAUUGUAUUUAUAGUUCUGAAGAUAACAAAACAAGAAGAUUAGAAUAAUAAAUAAGAAUUCGAAUAAAUAAUUAAGAAAUUUAAUAGGAUACUCAAAUGGGAAUAGGAUCUUUAAUGCCUGAACUUAAAUAAUUAACACUUGUAAUGACAUUUUUGACUAUAAGAGAUACAAAAGUUGAUAAAUUGAGAUAAAAAGGAGUAUAAAUUUUUUGA